CCCUUCCCACAGUGACAUAUAUACUUCGAACAGUACUUCACAUUAAGGUUUGGGGCAAAAUGUUGUGUGAAGUACCGAUCAGUUUAGAUCACAUCCAUCUAUUUCAUAUGCCCAAACAUGGGUGGGUGGGCCGGGAAAAUAUGUCAAUUACUAACUACUGUGAGUUAAUCAACAUAUACAAACACUCACAACACCUCCACCAGCAGGUACAAAGUCCCUUCCACGAAUCCACAAAUUACUCGAUACUGAUUGUACUUGGUUUUCAUAUAGAUGUCACUGUGGAUAGUACCCUUCCCACAGUGACAUAUAUACUUCGAACAGUACUUCACAUUAAGGUUUGGGGCAAAAUGUCAGUUGCGUAUGCAUAUACUCGAUAUAUCAUGCAUCAUGAUACAAUAUGUCACCACUUCUGGUGGUGACAUAAAACUUUUAUUCUCUUCUCUCCUCCCAAUACUUAAAUAACGAAAAUAUUUUACUCUCAUUUAUAACUUUAUGAUUCCAAACUCAAAAUUAACAUAGUGACAUAAUUAAUACAUUUAUUUUACAAUACAUCACAUACACUAUUACAAAAAACAAUUUAUGGCUGAAACGCUGGCACAGAUUUAGUAUGUUGCCUUAAAAAUAUUUUCUGGCUCGUCAUUAUUUACAACAGCUUUUGCCAAUCUACUGGAUACACUCUAGCUCAGAAUCUUUUAGCAAUCCUACCCAUGUAUAAUAUUGUACGCUUUCAUCUGUGAAGCAACCUACGUGACGCAUCACCUCCGAGGAGGAUGUUGCAGCCCCGGGAAGUACAUGUACCAUUGUUAAUGCACAUCCUACCCUCAAGCUAUGGGGGGUCUCCCCUUCAUCCAAACCUAACGUUGCUAGAUAAUAUUUCAGACGAUCAUGAAUAGCAUUAUACUUCAACGGUUCCUCCAAUAUUAUACCCGAAUUUGACAUUGGCCGAAAAAGAUACCCAACUGAUAAAUCCACCCCUUCACUUUUCAUAACUUUAACAUAAUCUUCUAAUCCCUUUACCGGACACAUAAUCUUGUCCUCACAUUUUCUCAAGACAAAUAUGUUGCUCUUCCUCCACACAAUGUUUUACCAAAGCUUAGAGAAAUACAGAAUCCUGAACCAUCGCCCAGUUUGGUUAUUUCCUGAGAUUUUAAAUGGGAUAAAACCCCAGCCCUGUCACCCACUAGAAACUGUAACUUGAAAAACGCCUGGUCUAGAUCUCUCAACAAAAUGUAUCUCAAUGUAUUGCUCAAAUCUAUAACCUGUAGCUCUCGAUCAAUAAAUCCCAUGAUCUUCCUAAUUUUUGACCUGAAUAUGGGUUUUGCCUGUUUAGGAAUAACGUGACCUUUCUCAUGACCCUCUUUCAAAAUCUUUACUG